ACGAUCGCAGGACUGAGUGGCUCGUAGCCCACUCGGGAGCCUCCAGAGAGGCGCGUGGAAAAGCCCUUUGCAUUCCUCCGCGCAUGCAUAGCCAGGGAGAGGUUAAUAGGAAGUGGGCUCCCUCCCAGCCGGAGCUGGGGUAAACUUGCAAAUUGCGUGCAACAUCGUUGGAAAGGUGUUGCGUGCUACGGAGUCCAGCGAUCGUUCCGUUCAAACGUCCAGGGGCUCCUGGAUCUCUCGGGUUUGCGUCCACGCGAUGGACCGUGUCGCUUGUGUGCCAACGCUUUCAUGAAUAAUUUAGAGUCUUCUGGUCCGAGGCUAGUGCUGCUGCUACUACCACCGGUCGCUGGCUGCGCCUGACGCCGAGGAACGGGCCCCGAUGGUGGACUAGAGGGGAGACGACAACACGGACUCUGAGAAGCGGACGGGUAUACGUUGGACAUUUUCCUCGCAGGCUACUUGGUGCGCCCGUUUUAUCAACGGGGCUCCGCAGUCAUGUUGACUCAGUGGGGGAGGAGAGACGCACCUCAUACUUAGACGCUAUAUCUCUGUCACUACAAUUACAGAUUUAUUUCAUGAAACCAGCCUCCAAGACGACAGCGAACGUUUUACCCGUCUAGGCGCUAAAGUGCGUGUUUAUGAUUAUUCAGAAAUUACAACGAUGCCUUUCUUUAAGCUGCCUUAUUAUGGGGAUGAAUUGUCUUGUUAGUUGUAGAUCAAUGUGUCUCCUGAUAAGUUGAUCUCAACCUUAUCGAUUUCAAAGUUGCUACCUCAUUUUUUUUUUGCAUCUGUUCAGUGUUAUUUACUGUAAGAAUUUUUACAAGUCGAUAAGCAAGGGUGAUCCGACUUCAUGUAUACCUCAUAAAUCUACCUCAAACACAAACAUCAUAACACACCCCCAAAUUAGAUUCCUGGACUAAUUCACGUUUUGAAUCGAAGCUGUUCAUAGUGGCGAUGCAGAUGGCUUCGUUCCCCGACACUGACCUGCAGACGUGUCCGCUCUGCAAAGAGCUCUGCGGCUCCUCGGCGCCGAUCUCGUCCAACUCCUCGACCUCCUCCUCCUCCUCCCACACAUCGACCUCCUCCAGUCAGACCUCCAGGAGGCUCCACGUUCUGCCCUGCCUCCAUGCCUUCUGCAGGCAGUGCCUCGAGGGCCAGCGUAGCCCGGGAGACCCCCUCAAGCUCCGGUGCCCCACCUGCGACCAGAAGGUGUCCAUCUCGGAGGCCGGGUUGGACUCCCUCCCCUCCACCAACUUCCUCUUCAGCAACCUGUUGGACGUGGUGGUGAGCGCCGAGGGACCAGCACCAAAACAGAGAACGCCAUCCACCGUGGUGCCUGCUGGGCGGGGGGGGGGCGCGGCUGCCGCGGGCUUCCACCACCAGCACGGGUCCGCGCCUCACCAGCUCCUCGUGGAGCCCCAGUGCAGCUCCUGCGACGAGGAGAACCCCGCCAGCUCCCACUGCCUGGACUGCCAGGAGUACCUGUGCGACAACUGCGUGCGGGCCCACCAGCGGGUGCGCCUCACCAAGGACCACUUCAUCGAGCACCUGAGCGAGAGCUUCCACCUGGGCGGCCGCGCCAACGCCCUCACCAACGGCAACAACACGGCGGGCAGCCCGGGGGCACGGUGUCCCUGGCCCCAAUCCCUGCCAAGAACAACUUCGCCCUGCUCUCGCCCUUUCCAGGACCGCAUUAGCUUCUGCAGCACCACGACAAAGGAGGUGUUCCUGUUCUUCUGUGAGAGCUGCUCGGUGCCCGUCUGCAGGGAGUGCAGUGCGGGGCGCCACAUGGGCCACAGCUUGGUGUACCUGCAGGACGCCGUGCAGGACUCCCGGGCCGUCACCACCCAGCUGCUGGCCGACGCCCAGCAGGGCCGACACGCCGUGCAGCUGAGCAUGGAGAAGGCCCAGGCCAUGGCGGAGCAGGUGGAGAUCAAGGCUAAGGUGGUGCACACGGAAGUGAAGGCCAUCGUCCUCCGUCACCGCAAGGCGCUGGAGGAGAGGGAGAGCGAGCUGCUCUGGAAGGUGGAGAAGAUCCGGCAGGUGAAGGCCAAGUCGCUCUACCUGCAGGUGGAGAGGCUGCACCUGAGCCUGACCAAGCUGGACGGCACCAUCGCCGCCGUCAGCCAGGUGCUGGAGGACGGCCGCCACCUGGACGUGCUGCUGGCCCGCGACCGCAUGCUCACCCAGAUCCACGAGCUCAAGGCCCUGCGCGGCAUGCUGCAGCCCCAGGAGGACGACCGCUUCAUGUUCACCCCGCCCGACCAGGCCCUGUACCUGGCCAUCCAGUCCCUGGGGCUGAUCAGCAGCGCGGCCUUCGCCCCCGUCACCAAGGCCCACGGCGAGGGCCUGAAGACGGCCCUGCGCGGCAAGCCGGCCUCCUUCACCGUGGUGGGCUACGACCACGACGGUGAGCCUCGGCUGUCGGGCGGCGACGCGGUCUCGGCCGUGGUGGUGUCGGUCGCCGAGGGCAACCUUUCGGCGGUGGAGAUCACGGACCACCAGAGCGGCUCGUACACGGUCAGCUACCUGCCCAAGAGCGAGGGGGAGCACCUGGUGUCGGUGCUGGUGUGCAACCAGCACAUCCUGGGCAGCCCCUUCAAGGUGGCGGUGAAGUCGGGCCGGAGCUACGGCGCGCUGGGCUCCCAGGUGGCGGCGUUCGGCUGCGAGGGGGAGAGCGACGGGGAGCUGUGCCGGCCGUGGGGCAUCAGCGUGGACAAGGAGGGCUACGUGGUGGUGGCGGACCGCAGCAACAACCGCGUGCAGAUAUUCAAGCCCUGCGGGGCCUUCCACCACAAGUUCGGCACCCUGGGCUCCCGGCCCGGGCAGUUCGACCGGCCGGCCGGGGUCGCGUGUGACAGCCAGCGACGCAUCAUCGUGGCUGACAAGGACAACCACCGCGUGCAGGUGUUUACUUUCGAGGGCCAGUUCGUGCUGAAGUUCGGCGAGAAGGGUACCAAAAACGGGCAGUUCAACUACCCCUGGGACGUGGCCGUCAACUCGGAGGGCAAGAUCCUGGUGUCGGACACACGCAACCACCGCGUGCAGCUGUUCGCCGCCGACGGCUCCUUCCUCAACAAGUACGGCUUCGAGGGCGCGCUCUGGAAGCACUUUGACUCUCCGCGCGGCGUGGCCUUCAACCACGAGGACCACCUGGUGGUGACCGACUUCAACAACCACCGGCUGCUGGUCAUCCGGCCCGACUGCCAGUCGGCCCGCUUCCUGGGGUCGGAGGGCACGGGCAACGGGCAGUUCCUGCGGCCGCAGGGCGUGGCGGUGGACCAGGAGAACCGCAUCAUCGUGGCGGACUCGCGCAACCACCGCGUGCAGGUGUUCGAGCCCAACGGGAACUUCCUGUGCAAGUUCGGCACGCAGGGGAACAGCUUCGGGCAGAUGGACCGGCCGUCUGGCAUCGCCGUGACGCCCGACGGCGUCAUCGUGGUGGUGGACUUUGGGAACAACCGCAUCCUCAAGUUCUAGGACAGAUUUGUCUCUCUCUCUCUCUCUCUCUCUCUCUCUUUCUCUAUCGCUCUCUCUCUGUCCGUCUGUCCCCCUCUCUGUCUGAUCACGGUCUCGCUGUCUGUUGGUUCUGUGAGCAGAGCAGUGGGUGCAGGACACGGAGGAGGAAGACAUAUCAACCAACGCAAUCCGGAGGAGAGCUUAAAGAGAGAGAUCAGAGCAGGGAAGAAGCAGCAGAAGCAGAGAGAGUUGAAGGGAAAUCAAAAUGUUUUUGUGUCCCCGCUGUAGUUUGCCAAUAUUGUCAAAAAAUCGAAAAUAAUCUGUGGUAUGUGUGAUGAAAACGGGGGACCUCCGCGAAAAUCAAUGACCGUUUGGCAAAGAAAGGUUUUUAUUUCCUCCUUCUAUGCUCAUCUCGGCGUUCGGCUCUGUUCACUUUUUAAGCUCCGCUCAAGUAGCCAUCUCAGGGAACCUCAAAUUGUUAUGAUUCUUUUCUUAAAACCUUUUUUUGUUUCGUUUUUUUUUUUUUUACCCUCUGCUCCACACCUACCUCAUGUUGCUCGUUAUGAAUGUACCCACAGUCACUGAGCAGAGGUGUAGUCCGUGAAGGUUUACUAAGAAGAAAGAAAGAAAAGAAGAAGAAAAAAAAAAAACACAAAAAAAAUGUCUACCUCAAUACUUUUUAUUUAAGAGAGACACAAAGAAUUGACUCUUCGGUUGGUAUUUGCACAGGAUUCAUGGAUUUAUUGCUGUGCAGUUAGGAACAGAGUGGGUCGAGUAGGACCUAUUGAAAGUUCCCCCCCCGAGACCGUUCUCGGACCACUGUACAGGCCGCACAGUGAGAAAAUUGAGCGGCCCAAGAACCUUGGGGUUCACUGGUGUCAUUUCACAAGUCCUCGUUUGUUUUGUUUGGUUUUUUGGGAGGCGAUCUUCUCCAAAAUCUUCCAGGAGCGACUUAUUUUGACUCUGUGGAAGAUGUGUUGUGUCAUAGCCGCCCCAGGUAAAUGCGUUUGGAGCAAAAUGCCAAUCUCUGUGGGAAUCAAAAUGGAGCUCAGGUCAUUGUUGUUUGAUUAUCAUUUAUCCGUCAGACUCUCCUGCUGGCCUUGUUGGCUCAUCGAUCAUACCGGAUUCAGAUAAGGCCCAUUAAGGAUUAUAUUGUAAAAUAAAUAAUGAAUAUACUUAUAUAUAUAUAAGUAUGAAAACAUUUUUAAAACCCUCCCCUUGACAUAAGCCAAUAGUUUUAUAUCACAAUUGUUUAAUGUAAAACAAAUACCAAUCGGCCAUCAGUGAACCUAAUGCCCCCAGGGAGACACAGAGGUCCUUAUGCAAAGAGAGCUUUGUCCUCUCUCGGUAACCGAGGACCCACCAAAGGAUUUCUAAAAGAAGAUGCUUCCAGAGCGCAGUGUGAGCUCAAGUGAAUGGUCUAAUCAUGAAUAAGCAGCCCCCUCAGCCGUAGAGGUGAGCGCUAUCAACACGAUAUCGGAAAGAAGGUCUCAUUGGCCACCAUGAGGACAAUUCCUGAUAUUGAGAAGAAAGAACGGCCAUUCGAAACAAUUCCUAUGAAUUUAGAUCGCGGGAUUGGUCGCCGCUCAAAUUGUUUUUAAUCAAAUCGUUGGAGAGUGGCGGGACCACAGCCCUCCCAAUUAUUGUCUAACUGCAGUCCACCGAAAGAUAGACCACCUAAAGAUGGAGGUCUGCAGAACAGCAAUUCGAAAUCCGACCAAAGGUAGAAGUCCCCCCAAAAAAAGUUUUGGCAUCUUCCAAACAAAAAAGGUUGGAAAUCGUCGUGGUCUUUUUUAAGCAGGAUACCUGCGGCCCGUUAGGGGGGCCCAACAGUACGGCGUGGUCGACCCCGGGGACUGAACCCCUGGGAUCUGGGUCUGGGGUUCGGACGGAUGCACAUAGUCGUUCCACCAGCAUCCCAUCGUCUAAGACACAGAUUGCCUGAGGAACAGGAGUCCCAACCCACCUCUUGUUGUUCUCUCUCCUGGGUCGACAGGAGACGCCUGAAAAGAGAGCCCUGUCUCUUGACACCAAAGAAUCCCCCACCCUUGAUUUCCC